AAAUUCUCUUGGCAAAGUUAAGUAUUUUUAUUUAAUUUGUUGCUCCUCCUCGUAUAACAAGGGCUUCUUGUUUUAAUAAUUUGCUUGUAAACAACAUAUUACAUCAUGAAGUGCUAUUACGAAGAACUUGGUGUUGCUCGCGACGCCACCGACGGAGACAUCAAAACUGCAUACAGAAAACUAGCCCUCCGCUGGCAUCCCGAUAAAAAUCUCAAUAAUUUAGAAGAAGCUAAAGAAAAAUUUCAAACCCUCCAACAAGCCUAUGAAGUGUUGUCAGAUCAACAUGAACGCGCUUGGUAUGACAAUCAUCGGGAACAAAUUCUGCGUGGCAAGAAUUCCGAAUACGAAGAGAAUUGCUUGGAUUUGUUUCAAUAUUUCACUGUGUCAUGUUUCAAAGGGUAUGGCGAUGAUGACAAAGGUUUCUAUAAAACUUAUGCUGAGGUAUUUGAGAAACUCUCAGCGGAAGAUGCUGAAUUUAUGGAUGACGAAGAAGAAAUUGAGAAUAUUCCGAAAUUUGGUGAUUCGACAAGUAGUUAUGAAGAAGUUGUGGGGCCAUUUUAUGCUUAUUGGCAGAGUUACUGCACGAAAAAGACAUACACUUGGUUGUGUCCACAUGACAUUACCGGAAUUAAAGACAGAAGAGUUUUGAGAUACAUUGAAAAAGACAUGAAGAAGAUUGUCCAACAGGCAAAGAGGGAAAGGAAUGAAGAGGUAAGGAACCUUGUAUCAUUCAUUCGGAAGAGAGACAAACGUGUCCAAGCCAACAAGAAGCUCCUGGAAGAAAAGGCUGCUUUAAAUCGCCAAAAACAGGAACAAAACCGAAUCGAACAGAUUCGUAAACGAAACCGUGAGCUAGAAGAGAUGCGUAAAGCCAAUGCCAAUGUUUUCAAUGAAGGUUUCGAGGAACAAUUGAAACAACUCGAACAGGAAUACGAUGGAGAGGUGGACUCUGAUGAGGAAUCUGAUGAUUCCAACUCUGAUCCUGAAGAACAGGCUGACUUUGUCGAUGAUCUUUAUUGCGUCGCAUGCAAUAGGGCGUUUUCCAAUGAAAAUGCCUUCAUAAAUCAUGAAACUAGCAAAAAACACAAAGACAAUAUUGAAAGACUAGUUCGGGAGAUGAAGGAAGAGGAAAAGUCUAUGGAAGACUCUAAAAAUCAAAAGAAGAAGAUUCAAAUAGUUGAAUUAGAGGAUUUAGAUGAUCUCGAUUGUGACUAUGAUGAUAUGUCUGACGAUGUCAAUGAUAUUCCCAGUGACUUGGACGAUAUGGAUGAUGAAGUCUUGGAGUCGGAGUUAUAUGAUGAGCUGAAUGAUUUGGAGCUUGAAGAGCAGGAAGAGGAAGGGAGUGACAAGGAAGAAGUUGUCAUUGCAAUCAAGAAGCCCAAAAGUAAGAAGAAUAAAAAAGCUAAAAAGGCUCCUAAAGUUGAUGACGAGGAUUUCGAUGAGGAAGAAGUCGAGACUCUUGAAGUGCUGGAACCUAAAAUCGAAGAUAAGGAAAAGGAAGUUGAUGAAAGCGAUGAUGAUUGGGCUAAAGGUGGCAAGAAAUCAGCCAAGAAAUCCAAGAAUAAAAAAGCACAAAAGAAAUCUACACCUACUACAGAAGCUACUGCACAAUCACUGCCACAAGUGGUCAAAGAAACUCUCAAAGAAUCGUCAACCAAUCAAGAUGAUGAUCCUUCUUGUGAUACCAUCCAUAGUUGCGUUACUUGCAAGUCAACUUUCCCCUCAAAAAAUAAACUUUUUGCCCAUUUGAAAAAGACCAAUCACGGCGUGUAUAUUCCUAAAGCCAAACCACAAACAGCAGCUGCUGAAUCACAAACAACUAAAAAAUCUAAAGGAAAACGAAAGUAACGUUUUUUCUUUUUGAAUUCAGUAAAUAAAUUAAGUUAUUUUCUUUAUUUUAAACAUUUUUUGUGAUUUUUUUGAUUUAUUAUAAAAAAUAAUAAGCACGUUGUUUAUUACAAAUCCUAAGCUGUAUAUCCUUACAAUAAAACUAAGUUACAAAUAUUUGUUGUAAAUUAUUGUAAAAAAAAUAAAAUUAAAAAUAAUAAAAUCAACAAAAGAAAAUAAACAAUA